GGGUAGGCUUUCGGGAAGGAGUGGUUCACCGCAGGGAAAGAGGAAGGGAAAAAGGGGGAAGAGGAAGGAGAAGAUUGACCAGCUAGCGGCUUUUUCGACGCGCGAGCUGAAGCCAUUGCGACUUCUUUAUCAGCCUGGCUUGCAGCCAUCGCUCUCUCUCGAUCAGCGCAUAGUCCUCGUACGCGCGCUUUUAUGCGGUGCAGUGCAUUUCCUACACGAUUCCUGACCGUUUUAUUCAGACGUCGUCAUUACUUGAUGAGACGAAUAUUUUUCCUUUCGGUGUUUCCUCCAACACGCCUAACGCGAAGGUUAGCUUUGGAAGGGGAGACGUGUGUCAGCGAGGGAUUUGAUAGCGUCUUGGAAAAAUUGGAGAGCUCCGGGUGGUGUUCUCAUCCUUUCCGCCUCUGUGGGAGGCAAAGUGUGGUGGCGUCGAACCCAACUUCGUGUUGUGUGAAUUGAAUGAAGGCAUAUCCAGUUGUGUGAGGUCAACGAAGGGGCAUUGAACCGCGGACCCCAGAGUUUCGGCGCUCGUAACCAGCUGAGAAAUCGACAUAGUAGCAACGGUUGAGAAUAGGGCGUGGCUGGAAAGUUGAGAGGUGCGAUAUUCGCUGGAUCGAUUCAGCGUGGGAACGAGGGAGAAAGUGGCGGGAAAGGGAGAGAAAGUAGGGUGGGGUAGCUGUCACGGAGGAGGGAGCAAUGGCGCUGAAGCAGUUAGAAAGAUCUGCCACGACGGCGUUCUCGCCGUCGCGGCCGCUCAUCGCGGCGGGAACUAUGGCGGGGGCAAUUGAUUUGGCGGUGAGCACUUCAGCGGCCGUGGAGAUUUUCCAUGUGGACUUUGGCAGUGACGAUAUCAACCUGCCGCUGAAAGGAGGGGCUCCUACGAGCGAGCCAUUCAACAGGCUUUCUUGGGGGGCCACGGCGUCCGAUACAGCAGGGUACCCGUUUGGCAUUCUUGCUGGUGGGCUAGUUGAUGGUUGCGUAUUGCUGUGGAACCCUGCCAAGAUCAUGGGCGAAGUGGAAUCUGAAGGAGAUGACUCGUUGAUCACGAAGCUCCAAAAGCACACCGCUGCGGUUAUGGGCUUGGAGUUCAACAAGCUGAGCCCCAAUUUGCUUGCAUCUGGCGGGGAGGAAGGAGAACUUUGCAUCUGGGAUCUGACAAAUCCAUCUGGACCGUCACUUUAUCCAGGUUCUAAGGGUGGAGGGAAUGAAGGGGCAAUUUCGUAUCUGGCAUGGAACAAUAAAGUACAGCACAUUCUGGCGUCCACAACUCAAAGCGGCACAGCAGUUGUCUGGGAUCUUAAGCGGCAAAAAGCAGUCAUCAGGGUGAGGGACCCCAACAUGCGGCAGAAGCGAUGCUCCAUGAUUCAGUGGAGUCCCGAUGUAGCUAACCAAAUGAUUGUCUCGUAUGAUGAUGAUAGAUCACCGGCAUUACAGAUCUGGGAUCUUCGCAAUACGAUCUCACCCUUUCGGGAGCUUCAUGGGCAUACCAAAGGUGUACUAUCCAUGGGAUGGUGUCCAUUUGAUGGUGCAUUGGUUGUGAGCUCCGGGAAGGAUAACAGAACGAUUUGCUGGGACUCUCUGAGCGGUGAGAUGCUUUGUGAACUGCCAGCAUCCAGUAACUGGAACUUCAAUGUGCAGUGGUCAACGACUGUGCCUGGUAUUUUGUCGACAUCAUCGUUCGAUGGCUAUGUCAGAAUUCAGAACAUCGAGCACGGGAGUGCUACUGGGGAGCCGGAGGGAAUUUUUGAUGUGGUUGAGAAGCCAAGGGGAGGAAUGAAGCGGGCACCAAAGUGGAUGAAGAGGCCUGCAUCUGUGUCAUUUGGAUUUGGGGGAAAGCUUGUUUCGUCCUUUGGCAAUGAGGUCAAGCUCAGGAAGGUAGUGACCGAGGAGGAUUUGGUGAAGAGGUCCAGCGAGUUUGAAGCUGCAGUGAGGGGAGAAGAAAGGCAGACUGUGAAGGCUUUCUGUGCUAUGAAGACAGAAACUGCGCAGACAGGAGAAGAAAAGGAGACAUGGAUUUUCCUGCAGGUCCUUUUUGAAGAUGAUGCUAGGCGGCAGCUUUUGUCACACCUUGACUUUGCGAGCGCACUUGCUAUGCCUGCAGAGAAUGGUGAACAUGAGGCUGGAACGGUUUGUGCGGAUCCAACCCCUGCAAGCACAAUGAUGGCAGAGAUACCUGAGGACACGGCUCCCUCGUCCGAACAGGUGGAAGUGGGAGGUUUAGCCAGUGGGCUGGGCUCAUUGGAUAUUGGUGAUGAAAUUGAUGACGGGGAAGCAUUCUUUGACCGCCUAGACCCACCGCAGAGCCCAAAUGCCUCAGCAUUUUCAGAGCCUGCAAAAGGCCCAGAGGUUUCUGCUCUUGUUGAGGGACCGGUGAGCGAAUCACUGAAAGCGAAGGAUGUAGACCAAGAUGAAGAUGAUGAAGAUUCAGAGUACGAGUCUGCCAUUCAGCGUGCACUCGUCGUGGGAAAUUACGAAGCUGCAGUGCAGGCCUGUAUGCAGGCAAACCGAUUGGCAGAUGCACUUGUCUUGGCAUCAAUUGGGGGCACUAGUUUGUGGAGCAAGACACAGAAUGAGUUCAUGAGCAGAAGCCGUCGAAGAUAUAUGAAGGUGGUUUCGGCAGUGGUGAAUAACAAUUUGACGUCUCUGGUAUCAUCCCGUCCACUGAGAUUAUGGAAAGAAACUCUUGCCCUACUCUGCACGUAUGCCAGGAGUGACGACUGGACAGGUUUGUGUGACUCGCUGGGAGACAAAUUGGCUAUGAGAGGGGAAAAUCAUGCGGCGGUCCUCUGUUACAUCUGCGCGGGAAAUAUCGACCGUGCAGUGCAGUUAUGGUCCUGCAGUUUGGACGGAGAAGAACCGUUUUACAGGCCAGUCGGUGCUUUGCAGGAUAUCAUGGAGAAAGCGGUGGUACUUGGGCUCGCAACUGGGCGGAAGAGGGCAGGUGCUUCUUUGGCUAGGCUGGUCGGUGCUUAUGCAGAGCUCCUAGCAAGUCAAGGACAACUGAACACAGCCCUUGAGUACCUAAAACUGAUUCCCGAUGAGCAGUCGACUCAAGAAUUGGCAGUAUUGAAGGAACGGAUCUAUCACAGCAUCCAGCAAGGGAGUGAUGAAAUGGUCGAGCCGCCACAGUUCCCGUUCGAGGUUCAGCAGCCACAAGCUUCAGUACCGAGGGAGAUUGUGCAGCCUGUGCAGCGAAGUCCUUUGACACAAUCAGCAAUUCCGGACCCGACUUCCCAAAUUACUCAGCCAGCCAUGCCUCCACAGAAUGUACCUACUCAUAUGUAUGGUAGUGCAUCUACGUUCAUCCCUCGUGCCCAACCGGUUCAACCAGUUCAGCCAGUUCAGCCAGUUCAGUCAGUUCCAGCCGCUCGUUCUAUGCAGCUACCAGUGCAAUCACAGUUUUAUACGCCUUAUCCGACGUCAGUGAGCCCACAACAGAAGUACAUGCAGCCACAGCAACUGCAGCCAACUGUAAUGGUGCCAACGCCUUCGAUGGCUCCACCAGUGCCCACUCUUGCACCGAAUCAGUUUGUUCCGGCCCCUCCACCUCCGAUCCCACUUCUUCCGCAGCAGGAACAUCAUCAACUUGGAACAGCAGGAACAUCAGCUGCACCAGGCACUCCCAAGGCUUCACUGACCAUGCAGGAUGGCCCGCCCCCAACAGUCCAGACGGCCGACACGAGUCUCGUUGCAGAUGACCUCAAGCCAGUGGUAGCUACUCUGACAAGACUGUUUAAUGAGACGACUGCUGCUGGUGGCGGGCUAGGAGCAAACCCCAUGCGGAAGCGGGAGAUCGAUGACAACUCGAAAAAACUCGGAAUGCUUUUCACCAAGAUGAACAGCUCAGACAUUUCUUCCAAUGUUGGGAUCAAGUUGAAGCAGCUUUGUCAGGCGUUGGAUGCUGGUGACUACAACUCUGCGGCCCAGUCACAGGUCGCACUGACAACAAGCGAUUGGGACGAGUGUAGUGGAUGGCUGAUGGCUUUGAAGAGGAUGAUCAAGCAAAGGCAGGCGCUGGGGAGAUGAUCUCACAGUUUGUCUUCUGUGGUCAUCUUGUGGCGGACCUCGUUCUGGGGCAUGGUAUCUCUUCGUAGAGGGGGUGUGCUUUCGAUGCUAUUUGCUGAAGCAGGCAGGCUGAACGAAUAUGGGAGUUUUCUGAGCAAUUGUUCAGAGCUUUCACCAGAGGCAUUCGGCUCCCUUGGUGAUGGUAGAUGGGCUGGGCUCUGCACAGGUUUUGAAAUGAAGCUGGGAGAACCACCUCCGCGUUUUGUAAUGGAGGAGUGAGAUUGGGGUGUAUUCGGAUGGAAGCAGCGGAGCAAAAGGUGGGAGAGAGGGUUAGGGGAUAGAGGUGGAGCCAGAUGGGAGAGGCUGGGGGAAAGGAGAGCUUGUAGGCAGAAAUUUGUGGAACUACAAUAACGCAAUGUGACUGAGAGGGUUAGCGGGAAGAGACGGAGGGAGACGGAGAUAUAUGGGAGAGUUCUGGGAACAAAAGUGAGAGAGAUGGAGAAAGUUGAGAGAGUAGGGAAAGCAGUGGAAGUGGAAAGGGGAGAGGUAUUUGAAUGUUCUCCAUCAUCUCCCUAAUGUAAUAGCCUGAAGGUAAAAUGUUGAGUUGGAUUGUUGGUGCUGUGAAGUUCAGAUCAUUGGAAGUCAAAUAAAUUCUGAGGUAUUUUUCCUUAGUCCGUUCGUUGAAUGCAGGGUAUGUCGAAAGUCCCAUUCAUUCAUUCAGGGGCUGGUUUGGUGGCCAAUCUGAUUUCUUAUUCGUGGCAUUACAUUGAUGUGCAUGCAUUCGUGUGGGGUGCGACGACCCCCAUAGCAUAAUGAUUCAGGAGAAAGUUGUUCUGUCAUUACUUGAUCGUCUUUGCAUGUCUCGGAUUGAAUGGAAAGUUAUUUCAUCAUCUCUCGCUUCCAUCGUGAUGUAUGUGCAUCCUCUUGGAGUGAAGCAACCCUCAUAUAAUGAUUGAGAACUUAUUUUGUCAACGCUUGCUUCCAGUUCAGUUCUUCUGGUCAAUUCUUGCUUGUCUGGGUUCGAAUUGAAAGUUCUUUUGGUCAACACAUGCUUGUCUUUGCAAGUCUGGGGAUCGAAUUGAAAGUUCUUUGGGUCAAUUCUACCUUCCGUCCCGGGCAUACUCUCAAAAGCGGUUUACUAAUUUGCUGAAUGGCAAAAUGUGCCACGAGUUC